AUGAGUAAGAACGGUAUGAUAUCCAGUCUUAUUGACAUAAGAAAUGCCUUUUUGGUUGAAGUCAGCAUUGGGAUUCCAGCCAAUGCCAUCCUUCUGCUCUUCCACAUCCUCAUGUUCUUGCUCAAGCACAGACCCAAGCCCACCGACCUCACCAUCGGGCACUUGGCCCUCAUCCACCUGGUGAUGCUGAUCAUCAUCGGGGUCAUAGCCAUGGACGUGUUUGCGUCUCAGCAACAAUGGGACGACAUCACGUGUAAGGCAGUCAUCUUCUCCUACCAGGUGAUGCGGGGCCUCUCCCUGUGCAACACCUCCCUGCUCAGUGUCCUCCAGGCCAUCACCCUUAGCCCCAGGAGCUCCUGGUUGGCCAAGUUCAAACAGACCUCCACACAUCACAGCCUGCACAGCUUUUUCUUCAUCUGGGUCUUCAAUUUGUCCAUGAGUGCUCACCUCUUAAUCUCCACUGUUGCCACCACGAAUCAUACGUCCAACAGUUUCAUGUUCAUCACUAAAUCCUGCUCUCGUUGGCCCCUGAAUUAUUUACUCAGAAACAUAUUUUACACACUAGGGAUCUUCCGGGAUGUCUCCCUCACAGGGCUCAUGGCCCUCUCCAGUGCCUACAUGGUGACCCUCCUGUGCAGGCACAGGAGGCAGUCCCAGCACCUUCACAGCACCAGCCCUUCUCCAAGAGCUUCCCCAGAGCUGAGGGCCACCCGCAUCAUCCUGCUUCUCACGAGUGUCUUUGUGCUCCUGUACUUGAUAGAUUGCAUUGUGUAUUCCUUCUCAGGAAUAUGGUGGGAAAAUGAUCCAGUUCGUCUCUGUGUCCAUAUUUUGAUUGGCAACGGCUAUGCCACCAUUGCCCCUUUGUUGCUAACCAGCAGUGAAAAACGAAUGAUCACCUUUUUCAAAUCCAUGUGGUAG